CUAGCCAGCUCCACCAUGGGGCAGAGUUGUUGUGAUAAGAUAAGCCGCGGGAGAGAGACCUUCACCGCUGUAGGCUACCUCCCAGCGCUCCGUCAUAGAGCAGUCACGCACGCCAACCUCUUUCUUCUCCAGCUUGUCUUCCAUAAACUUGGACUGACAGCUGGAACAAUCACCAUGGAGCAGAAGCCGCCAGCGUACCACCCAAAUAACCCAGCAGCAGCUGGGCCACCACCACCAUACAGCGCCAGCCCGCCCAUCAGGUUCCAGCCCCACACUCAGACCGUUUACAUGCAGCAACAGCCGCACUCCUCAGUGGUGACCACCCAGCCUAUGAUGGCCCCAGUCAUCCUGAUGGCGGGGGGUAACUGCCCCGCUUGUAGGGCCGGGAUCCUCAGGAACGACUUCACUUGUUGUGGCAUCUGGAUAGCCGUCCUGUUCUUCCCGCUGGGCAUCUUGUGCUGCUUCCUCAUGAUGGAGAGACGCUGCACCCACUGCGGCCUCACCUUUGCGUAGACCCACGCCCCGACUCAGACCUUCGCGUAGACCCACGCCCCGACUCAGACCUUCGCGUAGACCCACGCCCCGACUCAGACCUUCGCGUAGACCCACGCCCCGACUCAGACAUUCGCGUAGACCCAGGCCUCGGCCUAGAGACCGAAAGAGAGGGAGGGGGCAAGAGCCAUUAUAUGUGCCACUGUUGGCGCCAUUAUGUGUGCGCAUCACUAUGUUGAAUUUUUUUGGCAAGAUGUCUGUCUGUCUUUCUCGUACAAAUUGUGAAAAACCUCAUGAUAUUCCUAAUAUUUAUUCUAAGGUUACCUAAUAGCAUCAUUUUUAUUAUCAAUAUUAUUGCUAGUAUAACUGCUGCUACCAAAAUAUAAAUUAUAAUUGAUAACAUUUACAUUUUUAAAUCAUAAUGUUAUUAAGAAACUAAAACUUCUCUUUUUCUCUGUAGGAUUAUUUUCAUUUUUGUCAUUAUUAUUAUUAUUAUUAUUAUUAUUAUUUUUAUUAUUAUUAUUUUUAUUGAUCAUUUUCGUUACACAACUUGGUGGCAGAAAAAUAGAACUGAACUGUUUCUGUACAAUUAUCUGUAGUCAUGGUUCUCUGCUCAUUGUUUAUUGCAUACCUCUACAUGUUGUUAGCCACUCAUGUAAAAUAUAUUUGUAUUCUUGAAGUGAUUACAAGUUUGGAUUCGCCAAGCUAUUGGCAAAAGAAGCUUAGAAAUUCUGUGUAUUUCUAAUAAUGCGACAAACGAAGUGGUUCUGUUCGCCCAGAGCGAACAGAACCAUCUGGUUGCCUUUUGUUGCAGCUCAUGUGUGGUGUGUUACCCCUGAGGUGCAGGAAAGUGGUAGGGAAGUGCAGGGUGUUCAUGGUGUGGAAAUAUAACACAAACCAGGGUGAGUGCAAGGCACUGGAUCGGGUGGAUUAAUUAAGUUCCGUUUUCUCUAGUUCCGUGGCCACGCCUUCUGUGUCUGGCAGGUUUGGUUUGUUUGUGGACAAGAUCGAGUUCUAAAUCAGAAGCGAGUAAUGUGUGAUUUAUCUAGUGUGAGAGUUCUUGCAUUAUACGCCACAUUGCAUCUAGGUAAUGUGCAACCAUGCAGUGUUCCAGAUGGGUUUAGUUGCAAUAUAUAUCUCCUAUGUCUAAUAGAGGAGAGAUUUUCAACAAUCUCUUUGCCUAAUAUACGGUAUAUUUGAGCCUUUGUCUCGGGCAACAGUAACUAGCCAUGGUUGACCUAAAGAUAUGAUGAUGUUUCAUUGUUAUAAGUCUCGUUUUCUCUCACUUUCUUGCAAGACUGAGUGUGCAAUGGUCUUCAUAGCCUUUGACUGCAACUUGUCAUCAUCGUGUCGACUAGGUAAUUGUUUCACACACGCCUUGGUCCAAGCAUACUAGCCUGGGGUACAGUACCCUGGGGUACACUAGCCUGGGGUACACUACCCUUGGGUACACUAGGCUGGGGUACACUACCCUGGGGUACACUACCCUGGGGUACACUAGCCUGGGGUA